AUGGAGCUUACGAUAAUGAAAUUUUCAAUCAAUCUCUUGAUUACAAUCAACGGCUGUAUUCUCAUUGGCUUUAACGACGCGACCCUUGAUUUGCAUCUCAAAACUAUCCAACACCUAUCACCAUCAGUGGAGGGUGCUAUAUUUGUGGUGCAAGGUGCUUUCUACGCCAUGUUCAACCCCUACUGGGCCAGUCUGGUGGACCAAGUGGCCAGUAAGCACUCCCUAUGUAUAGCCGGCUGUGUUUUCUCAAUGUUAAACUAUAUAAUCGCCGGUCCAUUGCCUUUCAUACCUAUCAACCCAGUAGUGCUGAUCACAGGCUCGAGUUCAGGUAUCGGUGCCGCCACUGCCGUACAGUUCUCCAGAGCCGGUGCUAAUGUUGUGGUCACCGGUAGACGAGCCGAUAGAGUGUCAGAAGUGGCCAAAGAGUGUCUCAAAGUAUCGCCGAAACAGUCGAAAGCACUGGAAGUGGUGGCGGAUGUGACUAAACCGGAAGACUUGCGACGACUUGUGGACACAACUGUCAAACACUUUGGAAAACUCGAUGUUUUGGUGAACAACGCCGGCGGAAGUAUUACGGCUAAAGUGGAUGAUAAGGAUUUCUACGAGAAUUUCUCUAAAGUAAUUCAAUUGAAUCUCAAUUCUGUGGUCUAUUUAACGCAUAUAUGUGUCGAACAUUUGGAGAAAACAAAGGGAAAUAUAAUCAACAUCUCGAGUGUCGCCGGUUUGAGAUCCUUUGCCGGGUGGUCGCCCUAUUGUAUGGCUAAGAGUGCUCUGGAUAUGUUCACCAAAUGUAUGGCCGCGGAGUUGGGACCCAAACGUAUUCGCGUUAAUGUCAUCAAUCCCGGACCAGUUCGCACUGAGUUCCUGUUGGCUAUGGGGAUACCUACCUCCGAGUCCGACAAAUUUUUUGAGGGUUUUGGCAAAAUGAUGCCUUUGGGUCGAGCAGGGUUUGCCAAAGACAUUGCUGAUUCAAUCCUAUACCUGGCCAGUGACCAUGCUGCUUUCAUCACGGGCACUAACCUGGUCUCAGAUGGUGGUCAGAUCGCUGGUAAUGUUCUCAAUGCUGAAGCCCUUAAGGAUUUGAUGUAAACUCAUUAUAUGUCUCAAAUAAAUCCUAGUAUUAUCUUAAUUAACGAUUUUAU